AUGGAUUUGCUCACGGGCCUUCCCGAGGACCUUCUCCUGCUGACACUCGAGCUGCUGCCGCCAUCCCAAGUGGUCCGAUGCCGCCUCAUCAGCCGGACCAUUCAUCAUGCGCUGACGCGUGCAAAUCUCUGCAAGCAUCUCCUUCUCUCCAUGCUGCCGCGUUCGCGAGAGGCCAGAUUGCUUCGAAGGCUGCGCGAAAACGCGGAGGACGCCGUGGUGCGGGCGAAAGAUUGGUCUGUCGUAUUCGCCGUCGCUGCCCGCCGUCACCAUCAUCAGACCACAGGCGCGUUUUCCUCCGCGCGAGAGGUUUCAUUGCUGCCAGCUGAGAAUCUUUUCGAGGGGGUCAUGCCUUGGGACACUUUUUUACGUUUCGAUGACUUGACAAUGCCCUUGUACUACGACGAUGUCGUCUGGGCUUACGGCUCGGUCGAGGGUCUGCUCGUGUACCCGGUAUCCGGCCAGGAGUACUGCGCUUUGGAUUUAGCCUUGGGCAUCUCGCAAAUUGUGCCAUUCACCGCGAAAGGUCGUAUAGUACGGCGGGUGAGACUCGAGCACGGAGUGCUUGUUUUCGAGUGGGCAGAGCAGGAGGCUUUCCACCAGCUAAACGAAGGCGAAGGCGUCCAUCGCCACUUCGCCUCAGCAUUUGACGUGUGGACAGACAAGGAGGAGUACGACACACUGCCAGACCUGGCGUACGCGCCACCGGCAUCCCCGCUGCAGGGCGACGGGCCUGUAUGGGUGAACGAGUGCAGCGACAACACGGCCAGUCCGGCCUGUCGAGGGGCCGCGUUCGCCAUGGAAGAAGAGGAUGCGUGGCCCGGCUGGGCGCCGUGCUGGCGACACGAGGACUUCCCGUACCUGACCGUCGCGCAGGUCGUGGAUCGUGCGGCGGGCGUGCGCUUCAGUGCGCGGCAGUGCUUCACCAUGGAUGUCGUCAGUGUGAACAGGGACCCGGAGCAGGGCACGGCCAGUGCCGCUCUCGAAGGCGCGAAAGGGGCCGACGACGAUGGAGCCCUGCAGAGAGAAGUUCGAUUCGCGGACGGGACUUGGGCGCAGAUCAUGGCAAAGGGACAGAUCAUGGGUGAUGAGCGAUGGCUGAUUGGCGAGACUGCUGGGAGGAUCCUGACUAUACUUUAUUUCUGA